UUUCUUCUCUAAUGGUUUGUUCGACUUAGACCUGUGUCUAUGUUCUGUGAGUGGAUAAAACAAGUAAUGAGCUAUUCACUUUGGUGUUGCAUUAUCUACCCGUGCUUUAGCUGCCUGGUGACGAGAAUCCUCAAUACUUCUAUACAUAAUGAAGAGAGCUUUUUGGUGUGUGUUUUUGGCGUGUUCAUCGGCUUCCUGGAUGAUUUUAGCGAACGUAAACCAUGCUAAAAGCUUCUCAUUGUGUAUAGUCUGAAACUGUAUCGAUUACCUGGCCACUUAUGUUUUACAGAGAAAAUGAAAGUCCUUUUGAAUCGGAGUUAAUGUGCCACAUUGCAACGAUUGUUUUAGGAAACACUUUUCUAUGUCUUUGUAAUACAAUAUUACAAUAGCUUAGUUCAAUUUUUAAGAGGUAGAAUUUUUGUUUAAAAAAUAAUUGUGUCAUAAAGAAAACGAGUGAAAAUAGUAUUCCAGCAAAGUGGGAGAGUUGUUCAUUUCUACAAAGUGGGAGAGUUGUUCAGUUCUACAAAGUGGGAGAGUUGUUCAUUUCUACAAAGUGGGAGAGUUGUUCAUUUCUACAAAGUGGGAGAGUUGUUCAGUUCUACAAAGUGGGAGAGUUGUUCAGUUCUACAAUGUGUAAGGCGAACCUACAAUUCGGUACUGGAUUUAAAGUGAGGCUAAUGUCCAUAUCUGAUCGCAAAUCGAAGCUGUUCAAACAUCGAUGAACUCCUGCAGGAGACCGACAGUAUAAGUACUCCGUACACCACGGCGCCCUCCCCGGGCCAUAGCAUGUACCAGCUGUCCGAUCCGUGGAUUUUUAUAGUCAAAGUGAAAAAAGCACAAUUGGUAGGAAAUGAAGAACGUUUCAAUAUCUACGUGACACUGAAGCUGCAAAAUGUUAAAUCAACUACUAUUCAAGUGAAGGGCAACAACCCAAGCUGGGAGCAGGAUUUUCUUUUUGAAACCAUGCGACUGGAUACUGGUUUGGUCAUAGAAGUCUGGAACAAAGGGAUGCUCUGGGAUAAGCUCCUCGGACUUCACUGGCUGCCGCUGACCAAAGUCCAGCACUCAAACAAGGAAGGGAAGGGCAAAUGGCUGCAACUGGACAGCGAACUGGUCAUCUUGAAUGGGGAGAUCGUGGGGACACGGCUGCCAACUGAACAUAGGAUUCUGAUCGAUGCAAGAUUCGAACUACCCUAUGAUCUCCCAGAAUCCGAAGCAGCUGAACUGCAGGAUAAGUUGUCGGUGAUCAAUUCAAUGAUGAACCAUGACUUACUGGCUGUUCAAGACACACAAAGGCCUCCUUCAUAUGCUCAAUCUGGCAUGUCAGAAGAUAGUGACUACACCAGCGACAUUAACUACCCUGUCCAGCACUUGCACAAUACAUCUGCACACCAGUACCGCAGCCAUCCUGACCAUCCAUACCGGCUAAGAGAUGACAGCAGAGAGACUAUUCGAUAUGAUGACAGCUUUGACCAGUCCUUUGACCAACGAUCUCCAGACCAGCAGUCCCCUGACCAGAGGUCAUUUGACCAGUAUGGGGAUGAGGACUAUGACAGGGAAGACCAAAGCUAUCACCAAAGAGAGCAUAGUUACAACAGGGACUACAGCUAUGAGCAGGACCAGAACUAUUACCAAAAUGAAGGUCCUUAUCACCAUGGAAGAAGUGAAUCGGACUCUGAUAUUCUGUUUUAUAACAGCAGGCCAAAUAGUAGACCUCAGUCUUUCAUACAAGACAGUCCUGUGUUAAGUCAUCAUUCCUCGUUGGGCAUGAGUCGACAAAGUACUCAAGACUACAGCCCUGUCAACAGUCAUGUCUCCUCGUCCAACAUCAGUCGGCAGAGCACAAAAGAGAGUUCUUUCGACACUUUCGAAAAGUCUGACUCUGAUGCACAUCGGAUGUCUUCUCCAGCGAGGUCUCGGUGGCUAGAAGCCUUCAACAGAGUGUGUGCAGAGCUGAGCGAGGUAAAGACUGGCUCUAUGAUUGGCCGUGAAGAUGGAGACUAUGCAGAUGGUUCUAGGUACAAACCUUGGUCUCAAGUGAACGGAGGACCACCCCACUAUAACCACUUCUACACCAGCAUUGACAGCAUGCCUGAGAUCAAGCCUAGGAGGAAGAGCAUUCCAUUGGUCAGUGAUUUGAGUUUGGCAGCUAAAAGAAAUGCUGGUGUUUCAUCUGCAAUGGUUGCUCGUCAAUCUCUGAACGAUGAAGAACUGAAAAUGCAUGUGUAUAAGAAGACAUUGCAAGCCCUCAUUUAUCCAAUUUCCUCCACAACACCACACAACUUUGUGGUGUGGUCAGCCACAUCCCCUACAUAUUGCUUUGAGUGUGAAGGCCUAUUAUGGGGCCUGGCCCGACAAGGUGUGAGGUGUACCGAGUGUGGAGUCAAGUGCCAUGAAAAGUGCAAGGACUUACUCAAUGCUGACUGCCUUCAGAGAGCUGCGGAGAAAAGUUCCAAACAUGGGGCUGAUGACAAGGCCCACAACAUUAUCAUGGCCAUGAAAGAGAGGAUGAAAAUAAGGGAGAAAAAUAAACCAGAAAUAUUUGAGAUGAUCAGGCAAGUUUUUGGAGUUGACAAAAAGUCUCACUCAGGUCAUAUGAAAGCUGUUAAACAAAGUGUUCUGGAUGGGACAUCCAAGUGGUCCGCUAAAAUAGCCAUUACUGUGAUAUCUGCUCAAGGCCUAACUGGCAAAGACAAGACUGGAACCAGUGACCCUUAUGUCACAGUUCAAGUUGGGAAGGUCAAAAAAAGAACCAAGACAGUGCCUCAAGACCUCAACCCAGAGUGGAAUGAGAAAUUUUAUUUUGAAUGUCACAAUUCUUCAGACAGAAUCAAAGUUAGAGUUUGGGAUGAAGACAAUGACCUGAAAUCCAAAUUAAGACAAAAGUUAACUCGAGAGUCUGAUGAUUUCCUUGGUCAAACAAUAAUUGAAGUCAGAACAUUGUCUGGAGAGAUGGAUGUUUGGUAUAGUUUAGAAAAACGUACAGAUAAGUCUGCAGUGUCUGGUGCUAUACGUCUGCAUAUAAGUGUAGAGAUCAAAGGUGAAGAGAAAGUUGCUCCCUAUCAUGUACAGUACACGUGUUUACAUGAGAAUCUUUUUCACUAUCUGUGUGAGCAAGCUGCAGGAGAAGUGAAACUGCCCAAUGCUAAAGGGACGGAUGAGUCCUGGAAAGUUUACUUUGAUGAGCCAGGUCAGGAGAUUGUGGAUGAGUUUGCCAUGAGAUACGGCAUAGAAUCAAUCUACCAGGCAAUGACACAUUUCUCCUGUCUGUCCUGCAAAUACAUGUGUGCUGGGGUACCAGCCUUGAUGAGCACACUUCUGGCCAACAUCAAUGCCUUCUAUGCUCACACAGCAGCAACUACUGCAGUCUCUGCUAGUGACAGAUUUGCAGCUUCCAAUUUUGGGAAAGAAAAAUUUGUCAAACUAUUAGAUCAACUUCAUAAUUCAUUACGUAUAGAUCUCUCUAUGUAUAGGAACAAUUUUCCAGCCUCAGAUCCUGGCAGAAUGAAAGAUUUGAAGUCCACUGUAGAUUUAUUAACUAGUAUAACAUUUUUCAGAAUGAAGGUACAAGAAUUGACCAGCCCACCAAGAGCAGGCACUGUUGUCAAGGACUGUGUCAUUGCUUGCAUCAAGUCUACGUACAAAUUUCUCUUUGACAACUGCUCAGAGCUGUACAACAGAGAGUUUCAGACAGACCCCAACGAACAAAUGGCCGCUGACCAGGAGGGCCCCAGUGGAAAGAGUCUACAUUUUUGGCAUAAACUGAUAGCAUUGAUAGUGUCUGUUAUAGAAGAAGAUAGAAAUAGUUAUACCACAGUGCUGAAUCAAUUCCCACAAGAGUUGGUAGUUGGUCAAGUCAGUGCCUACAUGAUGUGGGAUCAGUUCUCUCAAGAUUUAUGUAUAGCAUUGCAGCAACACGAAGAAGAAAGAACUUGUAAAAGCUCAGAGUAUAUGAAUCUCCACUUUAAAGUCAAGUGGCUUUACACCAAAUAUAUUGCCGAUGUGCCUCAAUAUCGUGGAUCAGUUCCAGAAUAUCCACGUUGGUUUGAACCAUUUGUUAUGCAAUGGUUAAAUGAAAACGAUGAUGUGUCUAUGGAUUACCUCCAUGCUGCUUAUGACAGAGACAGAAAAGAUGGAUUCCAAAAAAGUUCUGAACAUGCCCUGUUUUCUACUUCGGUUGUGGAUGUAUUUACUCAACUGAAUCAAUGUUUUGAUGUUAUUAAAAAACUUGAAUGUCCUGACCCAGAGGUGGUGAAAAAUUACAUGAAGCGUUUUGCUAAAACUGUGAAUAAAGUACUUAUAGCUUACUCAGAUAUUGUCAGGAGAGACUUUGAAAAAUACACAAGUCGCCAAAAAGUUGCUUGUAUUAUGAUGAACAACAUUCAACAGCUGCGGGUUCAGCUCGAGAAAGUAUUUGAGUCGAUGGGUGGAGAAAAGCUUGAUGCUGAUGCUGCCAAUGUACUGAAUGAGCUUCAGUCCAAACUGAAUGGAGUUUUAGAUCAGCUGAGCUCUAUAUUCUCAAAAAGUUUAGAGCCACAAAUCCAACAAAGUAUGCAAGAAUUAGGAAGUUUAUUAUGCAAGGUGAAAGGUGGAGGUCAGGUCUCCUUGUCUCAACCAAGCCAAAGGUCGAGUAUCCAACAAGAGUCUGACAUGGUGCUUCGACCACUUAUGGAUCUUUUAGAUGGCAGCCUAUCCAUGUUUGCUCAAGUCUGUGAGAAGACUGUUCUCAAGAGACUACUCAAGGAACUCUGGAAGAUUGUCAUGCACACCAUGGAAAAGACUGUGGUGCUUCCACCAUUGUCCGACCCAAGACAGCUUUUACCGCUCCCUAGUAAUGCUCAGGCCAAGAUUGAGGACAUGUCUCGUAUGUUGUUGAAUCACGUCAGCCAGAUGCCAAUGAACACACCAAUGAAGCAGGUCAAGAGUAUACAGGCCACCUUCUUGGACAUGUCAAAGGAAGCUGAGAAGAACUUGAGCCCUAAACAAUGUGCUGUACUGGACAUGGCUCUAGACACAAUUAAACAAUACUUCCAUGCCGGUGGCCAGGGUUUAAAGAAGACUUUCUUAGACAAGAGUGCGGAGUUGCAGUCCUUGAGAUAUGCCUUAAGUCUGUACACACAAACAACAGACACACUGAUUAAAACUUUUGUUAACACACAGACACAACAAGAAAAACCUGGCCAGGAAGAUCCUGUUGGGGAAGUGUCUAUUCAAGUGGAUUUCACAACCCAUCCUGGCACAGGAGAGCAUAAAGUCACUGUUAGAGUUGUUGCAUGUAAUGACCUAAAGUGGCGUACAACUGGCAUGUUCAGGCCUUUUGUUGAAGUCCAUUUAAUUGGCCCUCAUUUGAAUGACAAAAAGAGAAAGCACUCCACGAAAUCCAAGUCCAAUAACUGGAGUCCAAAAUACAAUGAGACAUUCCAAUUCAACUUAGGAAAUGAAGAUGAUCCCAAUGCUUAUGAACUUCAGUUCUGUGUCAAAGAUUAUUGCUUUGCCAGAGAGGACCGUUUAAUUGGUAUUGCCUUGAUGCAGCUGAGGGACAUUAUAGAGCAAGGAAGCUGUGCCUGUUGGGUAGCCUUGGGACGCAGGGUGCACCUUGAUGACACUGGUUUCACUGUGCUACGCAUUCUGUCCCAGAGGACGAAUGAUGAGGUGGCUAAAGAGUUUGUGAAGUUGAAAUCUGAGUGUAGACAUUUAGAAGAUAUUCAGUCGUGACAGAAUCUCCAACAAGUCUAGAUUCAAAUUAAAUAACAACAAAAGUUUAGUUUCAAAUGAAGGAACAACAUAAGCUGAACUCAGGAGCAGUGCUGAAAAGAAAAAUUGGCUCUGAUGCCAGCACCUGUUUUAAAUAGAACUGAACUCUUUGUUUUAAUUUAGCUUUUAAAAAAAUGAGUUCCUUUUUAUAGUUGUUAAAUACAAGGCCAGGAUUGUAGAAAAAUGAACAACAAAAUUGGAGUACUAGUAAUCGGCUUGCAGAGAAUCUUUCUGAAGUCUUCCACUGAAAAUGUGUGUGGGACAGAUCUGUUUGAGGAUUCUUUUUCUUGUUGUAUACAUUGAUUUACUGUCAAUAUUGUGUUUCAACUGUGUGGUCUAGGGAUGUAGGUAAUCAGGAAGUGUUAGUUCUAUAUGAACAAAUUGAUAGUUUUACCUGUGUUAUUAUCUUUGUUGUUUUCUUAAGUAGGCAAUUAUGUUUUAGCUGAGUGUUUACCAAAGUGUGAAAUAUUUUCCCUUAGCCCCCGUAACCUAACCAAACAGCCCAGAGAGAGUGCUCGAUGUCAGCACACAAGUGUUUCGAAGUGUCCAUUAGUCCAUUAUUAUCUUUUCAUUUAACUUAUUUAAAACGCAAUAUUAAUUUCAUUGAUAAAAAAAAGAAGUUAAGCCUAGACUUCUUUAACUCUCAAAAAAAUAGAGAAACUUUUACCUUUGGUAAACACUGGCAUAGCUGAGUGUGGCACAUUCUUUGUUUGUCAGACCUGCUAGUUUAUUAUAGGCAGCAAAUGAAUUAUAUUUAGUCUAUUUGUUCAGACUGGAUUGGAGGAAAGUUCCUCCCUAGUGCUUCACUGUGCCCACAUUUAUAAUUGAAUCCUUCCAAGCUCCAGCCUCAAGGAAUACCCAAAAUCUGAGGAUUGCUGAAUAUUUGCUUAAACAUGGAUCCUCCCUCACACCUUCUGCAUAUGUCUAGGUACCUAGACCUAAUACUCCACCCAAGUCACCCUCUCUCUCCACUAGACAAAUUCAAGGUUUACAAAAUCUGUUUCUUCAAUUGUAACAAAAAAAUUGUGUGAAUGAUGAAUAAAGUUGUAGUCUUUGAUGUAUGGGGCAGGUGAUAUUCAGCUCAUCUGUUUUAUGGCCAACAAGAAAGUGGGAUGCUAAUGGGAUAUUUCAAGAGUGCUGUCUGGUAAAAAAGUAUAUAUAUAUAUAUAUAUGAAGAAAAUACUAGAUAUUUGAUCUGUUUUAGAUCUAAAAAAUUUAAAAGAAAAUUUGUACAUGUUAACUUGUACUUUCAAUCUGAAAAGUUCAUAUAUUGAUGUUCAAUGAGGAAUGAGUCUUUGAACGUGUAAAUCAAUUAUUAAAUGGUGAUCAGUUUUCUAGAGUUUGUAGCCUGUUAUGCAUAUAGACAAUUCAAGUAGUCUUGCUAUAUUUCAAAUAGAGUCAAAGUAGUAUCCAUAUAUUCUGCAUAAUUCAAAUUAAGAGAUAACAAGUAACUUGUUUGUUUUUUUCUCUUUGUAAAGAAACUUAAUGAGAAUUUAUGUUAAGUGUAUUUUGUUUAACUGCUGUUACUUAUUUGUACAUAAAGUGUACAUUUAGUGUCCUAGAUCAAUGCCUUAUAAAAUGUGUAUUCUAUACAUAGAUUUUGUGUAGUAUUUUUGUCUACUGAAGCAUGCCUGCAUGACGAAUGCUCUGACUCAAGCUCAAGAUACACAGUUUUGUCGUGAACAAGAUUUACUUUAGGGACACUUUUUCCUUGGUGCAUUUAUUGGUUCAUAUUUUUGUGACAUUGGGAACCUUUUUUAUUGUCAUUGAUUUGCUUAGUUCUUUUUGUGUGGCAGAUUUCAAACAAAUAUGGAAAUGGCUGCUGGGUGGCCUUACACCAUGAAUGAAACAAUUGAAUUCAUUAGUUAAACACAUAGGAUUGAUUUAUUUAUAUUUUAUUUGAUUUGUUUUAGAUAUUUAAAAGAAAUAUGGUUUAUUUAUUUUUAAAAAAUAUUUUGCAAAUAUUUCUAGAAAAACCAUUCGUAAUCUUAAUUUUUUUUUCUUCUGCUCUGGUUUCCUCCAGUUGGUGUAAUUACAUACAUGGCAGUAUUAUUUGCCAUUAUUUAAAUGCAGUCAAAUUUAGUUUUGUAAUAACUUUCAGUAGUAAACAAAAUUCUGUAAAAAUAUUUUAAAAUUCUUUUGAAAUAAACUUUCAGUGAUACUUUUAAAUGUGAUAAACAGAAAAAAUCUUGAAUUGGAUUUCUUGAGAACAUUGGUUUCUCAUUGUGAUAUGCCAUUGUUUUAUUUUCCUACUAUGAUGUAGUCUUGUACUACCUAUAGGUCUAGUAAUGUAGAUAUCUUCAAGAGUGCAGUGUUAGAUUUGUUUGUGUUUGUUCUGAAUGAAUGUUUGUGGUCUUCUUUUUUAUACCUUUAUAGCAACCUUGUUGCCAUUGUACAAAUGAUACUCUCAAAGAAACAUAACUUUGAUCAACUUUGUGAUAUUGGUAUUCUUUCUUAGCUCUUCAUGUUGUGGACCAGCAGCAGUUAUCUGCUCUUCAAACAUUUUCUAUAGUUGAUAUGCUGGGUCUUUUGAAAUAAACUUUUUCAUUCUUUCAAUAACAAUGUAUGACACAAAUGUGUUUAAUGUCAUGCCUUGAGAUCUAGCAAAUAAAACAAAAUACAAUUCUGAGCUAAGAGCGCUCUGUCCUAAUAAAAGUAUUAUUUGAAAUUGUUUUCCUUGUAGGCUGAUAUAGGCUACUUGAUCAUGUUUUGCCACUGUGUAUCUUAACCAACGUAUGUUUAGUUCUUUUUGUUCAAUGUAUUUAAACUGAACAAAUUUCUUCUAAGUCUCUAGUUACAAAGUCAAGUUGAGAAACUUUUUUUGAUACAUUCCUUCCUCAUGAUGACUUUUUGUAUAAUCCACUUUGUACAGUUUUCUUAUCAUUUUGUACAGACAUAGCCAUUACAGAAAUAUACAGACACAGUAAACCCUAGUUUGGAUACAAUUUGAAAAGUUACAACCUUUAGGUGAGGAAUUAAAGUACUGCACGUAUAUAUAUAUAUAUAUAUAUGUAUGUACACAUAAUAGAAAACUUAUAUAUGUUUUCUUAAUUAUUUUAGAUUUUACUUUAUGAAUUCAAUACAGUUUAUAGCUGGAUAGAAUGAAUGUGAUACUAUUCAAAUGAACAACAUUUUACUGAUAGUUCCUUUAUAGUGAAUAUAUAGUACUAAUAUAGAUCUCAAUAGAAUUCAUAUUGCAUGUCUUUGUUAAGGAACUAUCUCUCUCUCACUCUAUUGCUGCCACCAUUCUCAGUACACAACAAAAUGCCUUAAUUACUAAACUACAUUUAAUUUAUUCCAAGGCUGUGACUAUCACCAUUUCUUUCUGUUGUGUGUCCAUCAUCUGGUCAUUUCUCUUAAAAACCUGUUGUCACAUGAAGCUUUCCUUGGUAAAUGUCAACCUUUUUAGCUUGACCUUUUUUAGUUUAAAAUUUAGGAUUUAACAAUUGGUGAAUGCCACUUUAUCUUUAAUUAAUAUCUUUUUACAAGAUAAACUAUCCCUAGACGGCAUUCCAUUAUUUAAGAUAUCCAAAAGAACAUAGCAGAAGUUGUUUUUUUAUUGCUAGUUACCAAGGAAACAACAUUGUCAACCUUUGACAUGCCAUAGAUUUGUUUUUUGUUUUUUUUUACAUUUUGGGGCUAAGGCCAUUUUACUCUAUGUUAAUAAAAUUAAGUUGUUUUUUUUUCCAUGAAA